UUAUCUUUCAGCGUGCGAAGCGUAAUGUAGAGGCGCGGGAGAGGCAAAAGCGUACGGACGCUUUCGAUUCCGUGGGAGAUCUCGUCAGACCUGGCGGACAGAUGCGUGCGAGGCGAAGUACACUUCAGCGGCUUCAGUGUGCCACUGAUUGUGAGUAGCAAAGCUUAGUGAGCGCGCGCGCGCGUGCGAGCGGCAAAUUGUGUGGAUCUUUUUCGUGUUUUUUUCGACAUGGCAGGGAUAUACCGUUAUCCAUGAACGUUUCUCCAUCUCAAUGCCUCCCCUAAAGGUGUACACAUCGAAGGGUAUUCCCUAAACACUGAACUGAGAUCGAUCAAGAGGGGAACCGGUACAUGGAAGUUUCCUCGUAGGGAGAACAACACGGAUACAGCAACCGGAGAAGCGAUCCUGCAGAGCAAGGUUAGGCGACAGGAAACACUGUCUCCCGAAUCAAUUACACAAUGGUACGUCCGUCGAGAAAGCGAGGAUUCUUCCUGGAAACAUUCGCAAGGAUGGUGGGCAACAUGUCGAGCGGAUGGAUGAGGAAGAUCCUCCUCUUCCUUGUUCUGAUAACCGGGAUCCUACUGAUCGCGAUGUACGCUCACGCCCCGCCACUCGCCUCCCUUCAGCCGUUCUCGUCGCGACGACUGAAGGAGUUGCAACGAGGCUUGGUUACUUUCCUGGUCGGUAAUGAAAGCACGAAGAGACCCGGAGAACGGCUCUACGAGUAUCUGGAAGAGCCUAGGACGUUUCAGAGCCCGUGGUCGUGGGUGUGCGUGGCCGGGAGGUGCGAGAGGAGGGCGGUGAGAUCGUCGAGGACCUCGCUGGCAAGUUGCAUCGCGCUCUGCGGCGGAAACAGCAGGCUGCUGUGGCCGAGGCCGACCGGAAACGUGCUCCUGGGCGAGGAGAGCGUGGUCGUGCACCUGCAGCAAAUCGAGUUCGUCACGGUGAACACCAGCGAUCAGGAGACGAGGAAUCUGUUGGAGCACGCCAAGGACGUCUUCAUCGGCAACAUCAGGAGCUCGAUAAAGUCGCCGAACGCGAAAAGCAGGCCGGGGGUGGACGCGUUCGUGAUAUACUUGUCCGCCGGCAGCGGGGCAGCGACAGGUCCGAGCCUGGACGUGGACGAGUCCUACACCGUGGACGUGUUGGCGAGGGGGAGGGUGCUGGAGGCUCGAGUGGUCGGGAGGAGCUACUUCGGGGCCAGGCACGGCCUGGAGACGCUCGGCCAGAUGAUCUGGUGGGACGAGACAAGCGGGAGGGAAGGCGGCUUGCGGGUGCUGUCCCGCGCCUCGGUCGAGGACAAGCCGACGUUCCCCUACAGAGGGUUGCUGAUCGACACGGGGAGGCAGUUCUUCCCCGUCGAGCGUUUGAAACGCGUGAUCGACGGGAUGGCCGCGUCCAAGCUCAACACCUUCCACUGGCACAUAUCCGAUUCCCAGAGCUUCCCAUUCGACUCGGCCCAGUUCCCGGAGAUGGCGAGAUGGGGCGCGUACAGCGGGGAUCAGAUCUACACGCCCGACGAUGUCAAGGACCUGGCCGACUACGCGAGGAUACGCGGCGUCCGAGUCCUCGUCGAGAUCGACUCCCCGGCGCACGCUGGCGCCGGCUGGCAGUGGGGGACGGAGUACGGUUACGGGGAGCUGGCACUGUGCGUUGAUCAGCAGCCAUGGUCGUCCUAUUGCGGCGAGCCGAAUUGCGGCCAGUUGAAUCCCAUCAACGAGCACACGUACCGCAUACUCGAGGGCCUGUACAAAGAGCUGCUCGAGCUGACCGGGAUCCGGGACGUGGUCCACCUCGGUGGGGACGAGGUGAACCUCGACUGCUGGGCCCAGUACGGAAACAUCACGGCCGCGAUGCAGGCCCAGAACAUGACCGACCACCACGCCAUGUGGGCCGAAUUCGAAACCAAGAUGCUGCACAGACUGGUGAAGGCGAACCGCGACGAAACGCCCAAGGCCGUCAUCCUCUGGAGCUCCCCCCUCACCAAGAGGCCCUACAUCACCACCUACUUCGACCCCAAGAUUCACGUGAUCCAGUCUUGGGGGGGCAGCAAUUGGCCGGAGACCCCCGACCUUCUCGAGGACGGCUUCAGGGUGAUCCUCUCCCACGUGGACACCUGGUACCUGGACUGCGGCUUCGGCAGGUGGCGCGAAACGGGCGAGGCGGCCUGCGGCGAGUACCGCACCUGGCAAACCGUCUACAACCACCGGCCGUGGAGGGACUACCCCCAGCAGCACUGGGGCCUCGUUCUGGGCGGGGAGGCGGCGAUAUGGAGCGAGCAGACGGGCGACGCCUCGUUGGGUCCUCGGCUAUGGCCCAGGGCGUCCGCCCUCGCCGAGAGAUUAUGGAGCGACACGCCGACCAACGGCUACUCGACGGACGAGAACGUGUACACGAGGCUGGCCGCGCACAUGGAGCUCCUGACCAGCCGGGGAUUGAAAACGGAGGCCAUGUGGCCGCAGUGGUGUUCCCAGAACCCGGGCAAAUGUCUCUGACCGUUCGUCCUCGAGCGGAAUUGCACGCGUGGCUGCGAUGAUCUCGCCUCGCCCUUCGUCCUCUCGUGCGUCGAGGUGGUCGUCCGAUAACGACUUUCCCAUCUCCCGUGCUGGAAUCUCGCGGCCGAGAAAAGUCGGGAAAACGAAAGGGAGAUCGAUUCGACGACGAAGGAUGCAUGGAUCGACGCGAGGCUUGGUGCACUGAUGAAAUGAAAUAUACUCGAAGAGGGAGAAGAGAAUCGUUGGAGGAAAGAAAGAAGGGAUUAAGAAAUUUCACGUUGGAGAUGGAAGAGUCGAGCGAGAAAAAGAUUCGCUUGCUUUAUUUGUACUUGUUAAGGGAGGAAGGGAACGAACGUUUUUUUUCUCUCUCUCUCUCCAACUUCUUCAACUUUUUCUCGUUUCUCUUGAUGAGGAAGAAGAACGCAAAAUGCCUUUGAGUUUUUCCUUCUCUCCAUCCCCCCCCCUCCUCCUCCAGGUAAAACAAGAAGAAGUAGGGAAAAAUAUUUUAUACUUGUACGAGAUUGACGAUGUGCACUAGACAGGUUACAGAAAGGUCGAAACGAACAAGGUCAAUUGAAGAAAACGCAAGAGCGCGACUUUUAUAUUUGCAUCGCGCUCGACCUCGCCAUACUUUUCGUUCAAAGUGCCUUUCCAAUUGUAAUUCUACUCGUUACGAAGCGAAACGAGUCCGUGAACACCGUGAACGCGUUCCUAGGAAUCCAAGGAUCUCGAUGGCGGGAAUCGUCGAGAUCGUCGUCGCAUCGUCGUAGCAGAUUUGACGCCCGGGACGAGCAAUUGGAUUUGUUUGUCGUCCGGAUCUGCCCGACGGUUCGUCUGACCCUACCCCCUCCCCCUUAUUGCACUUUUAAAAAAAUUCUGUCGAAAUUUUGCUCGAGCGAUAUUUUAAUAUUUUAAUUCUUUUUUUGCAAUGGGAAAAUGAUGAUCGACUGAAGGGUAUCGAUCAUCGUUCUUUUCAUAUUCGGAAGAAAGUGUAUUUAAUAUGAUACUUCGUAUUAUGUACGAGAUAAUAUUAUCGGCAGAAAUUUUUUUUCACGUUGUCUCGUCGUGAAUGAAUGAAUUUUGAAACGACGAUUAACGAUAAAUAAGCCGAAGAAGAAGAAGAUGAUUCUUUCUUUUCGAAAGACUGUUAACCGAUACCGAUACUUCCACCGAGGGAAAAGAGAAAGAUGGACGAAAGAAAAAAAAAAAUACAUUCCAAAUGAGCAAAAGUAAUUAAGAAAAGAGGCAUUCGAGACGGUGUAACCGAUUGAUCGAUUUUGAACGGAACGCGGGAAAAAGGAUUCCUUCGUAUCGAUUUUUCCCCGAAUCAAAAUUUAUCUUGUUGUUAUCGGGAAAUUGGAAGUAUCAGUUUUUCGUAACGCGACAUAGCGAAGCGUGGCCGUCAGCUGCGUGAAAAUGACGCCAUUCCGCGUAGGCUUCCCUCUUUGAAACUGCCAGUUCUAGGUCCUACAUAGAACUUGCUAUAAAAUUUGAAAAAAGAAAAAAAAAGAAGAAAGAAAGAAAAAACGCAAGACCGCGUUCUCCGCGAAGAGCGUUAUAUACAAAUUAAAAAACGAAAUAGAGGUGUGCGGGAGCAUAUGUUCAAGGAAUUCCGUUCUUUGGCAGCACACGCAUCAUAUCCCUCGAAGCCAAAGAAAUCAUUGAAGAAAAAAAAAAGAAGCUAUAAAGACACUUUGUACUACUACGCAAAUAAUACUCUCUCGUUUGUAACGAGAAUCACGAGGAAACUCUGUUUAGAUUAUUUAUAAGAGAACGUUUCUCGACGAAGAAGUAACGCCCGAAUCAAAGGCCGUUCGUUCGUUCGUUCGUUCGUUCGUUUCUCGAUGAAUUUAUCUCUCGCGUAUAUUUGUAAAAUCGUGUUGACGAGACGCGUCUCUCUCUCUCUCUCUUUCUCUCUCUCUCUAUAUAUGUCUCAAGGAAAAAAAGAUAAAGAAAAAUGGCCUAUCGACGGAUAUAUAAUAGCCGUGAAAACUUUGUAAAUAACACGAUCGUUUUUAGAAGAUUGAUGAUAAUAAGGGAAGCGAGUAGGUAGUAAUAAUAUAAUCGAAGGAGAAAGGAAAGGAUGAUGUAUAUGUAUGUACUUACUAACUACGACUUACCGACCAUCGAUAACUGUAAAAUUGAAAGAAGUAAUUUUUAGAGAAGCUCGAUUUCCGACCAGCAAAAAUCAUCCGCUGUACCGUGUCAUCUCGCGUGAUGUUUGUUGAGAAGAGAGAAAUGCGGAAAAAAAGUGAUUGUAAUAAAAAAAGAAAAAAAGAAAAGAAAAAAGAGAGGAAAGAUUCGUAAAGAGGAGAGAUGGAAAAGAACGAUUUUAGAAUUUAGUUAAGAGUAAUAAUGUCCGAUGUGAAAUUGUUUUGGAUGGAAAACUUUUUUUUUUUACGGGAUCGAAAUCGAAUCGUAUUCGAUCCACGAGAGAGGAGAUAACAAUCUGUUGUUGUGAAGCGUGGUUGGUGUAAGUUUAACAUAAAAAAAAAAAAAAACGAAUUUUGAAUA